AACAUCACAACACAGUCACCCCAACCCCUAGCAAAAUCACAAAAGCAUAAAUAAAGCAUCUCAAAUUGAAACUACUUAAAAACAGUAAUUACAUCAAUCUCUUGCCAACCCUUGAAUAUUAUUUUAAUAGCUAAUGAUAUAACUUAUUCCAAACUUCAGGCAGGCAGAAGAGAAAAAGAUACAAAUUUUUGACAAAGACUCAUUCAAGAAAUCGAUUUUAGUGGAUCCCAUAGGCUAUUAAGGACAGAUAAAAAGAAAAACAAGUUAAAUUUCCAAUUAAUUUAGUACAAGGCCCAAAAAGAAAAACAAGUCAAAACUUUCACCCCUCUGGACCAGCCAUCCUCACCUUACCUCUGCUUAGCAAAGCCUUAUGUUCACUUCUUCCGAGAGAUGAUUCAUCUGAUCAUCAAGCUGCAUAAUAGGAAAAUGUCAUUUGGAGGUUUCGAUGUGAGUAAUCUAGGUAUCUUCAGAGAUGGGAAAAAGAGAGAGUAAAAUUCAUCGGUCGCUUACUGGUUUUUCCAUCGAACGAAGAUAAAAAGAAGCAGGAUUUCCAUUCUGCCGCAGCUGCAAUUCGUUCAAUUGUAGAGGAUGUAGGUCCUCUACCUCUCCUAGAAGAUUUGGUAUUGAGAAUGGAAAACAAUGCUUGUUUAAAAAACAAGCGAUUGGUUAUGAAUCAUCUGGCUCUGAUGAGCACAACCGAAAAAAUGCGUUUUAUACGCAACUGCAAAGAAAGAAAACCGGCAAAAAACGAUCAUUACAAGGCUGAAUAUAAACGUGCGAUUGAUGGUAUGGGUUGCACUGACGGUUGGAGUAGACAGUUUAGCAAAGGAACAGGGCCGCUGCACGAGAUUUUCUACUUUCGACAUUCCCGGUAUUUCGAUGGAGCCAUGUUUUCUAGGAGUGACGUGAAUGAGUCUCUUCUCAACUAUUGCAGAAAUGCAAUGGUGCAUUUGAAAGAAGAGCUGAUUCGGAGUGGUAUAUACAAGAAGAGGGUUAGGGAUGACUUUCUGGUCAAGUCCGUAAUGUCCCAGUUCGAGAAGCAACUGCUAUCCUUCCAAGUGCAAAUUCACAAACGGAAUCCGGGCCUGAUUCGCCAAGGGAAGAGAUAA